AUGUUUUUUACUAAAGCCAGUGUAAUCAACAUAUAACUCGAAAGAGAAAACACAAGUGAUAUUGAAAAUAUUAAUCGAUUCCUCUCUUAAGAAUCUAAUACAGACCAAAAAUAGUAACAAAUAAAUGUGUAAAACAACAAAAAGCAAUGGUAUACUGGAACAAUUAGUAUUGGAAAAGGAAAAAAAAAUCUUAAAGUCAUCUUAAGUACAGGAACUAGUUAGCUGAUGAUUCCUAGCAAAAAUUGUAAUGAUAAAAAUAAUUGCAAUGGUUUUGAAAAAUACUAUGAAUGUCUUCCACAAGAUGGAUGUAACCCUACAAAUAAUUAAGGUUCAUAAAAUUAUUUAGACAGCUCAUUUGAUGGUAAUUAUGUGAACACAUUAGUAAGUAUUGGCAAUUUAGAAAGUAUUUAACAGUCAGCUUUGCUUUUUGACAAAUCAAAUAACUUUACUACUUCUAAUUAAAAAGUGAAUGGUAUUUUGGGAUUAGGAGUUUAUAAUGUAAAAAAUGAAGGUAAUAGCUCUUUUGUGACUAGCUUAUAUAAAAAAGGGUUGAUUAAAGAGAAUAUGUUUUCUUUGUAUUUAGGAUUUAAAAAUGAUGAUUCUCAAUUAACCUUAGGAGGUAUUGAUCCUUAAAAGUUAGCUGAUAAAGCCUAAGUUUAUACUCAUUAGGUAAUUCAGAAUGAUUAAAGUGAUUUAUAAAGAUGGGUAUUGCAGAUUAAUUAACUUGAUAUGCGUUAUUUUACAUAUAAAUUUGAUUCUUCUAAUAAUAAGGCCUUAGUUGAUUCUAGUUACCCUUAUAUAGGACUAGAAAAGAAUCUUUACGAAAAAAUAUCCCAAUAUUUUAUGUAACGCCAUGCAAAUAUGACUAAAAAUGGACUAAAAGUUAACUGCAAAGACCCAAAUCUAGCAAAUAUUUACUUCUAUUUAAAAGUAAACUAGACAGACAGAGUACUUAAUUUACCUAUAGAUUUUUACCUAUCUAACACAACUUAAGAUUGCUAGAUUUUAAUAUCUCCUAUUACAAACAAUGAAAAUUUUGCUGUUAUUUUAGGAAUUCCAUUUUUAAGAAGAUAUGUAUCAACCUAUUCUUAUUCAAAGCAAUAGAUAAGUUUUACUUAAUCUAUCGCUGAUCCUAAAGAUGAUACAAGUAACGAUUUCUCAAUUUCUGACAACUUUCCUACAUGGGCUAUAGUAGUUAUUGUUAUAGUUGCAGUAAUUAUACUGUGCGUAGUAGGUGGCUUAUUUUUAUAUAAAAAAUAUAAGAAUAAACAAUUAGGAAAUAGUUUAAAGUAGUCAUUUUCUAGCAAUACUUCUUCUCAUUGA